AUCAUCACAGAUUUUGUGAAAUCUUUGUCUCUUUUUUUUUUUUUUGGUUCUCUUCUAAACCAUUCCUUAAUCCUCAGUGAAACCAUUCAAAACACAUUUGGAGACAGAGGAGGAACAGACUGUAAUAAGAAGAAGAAUAGAAGAAUGGGUGUGGAUUUGAGGCAAGUGGUGGCUGGAAUCCUCACCAUUACAAUGUUCGUAAUGCUCGGACAAAUGCUUCAUAGAGAUUACUUUGAUGCUGUUCAGGUUCAAGGAGAUGCACAUGACAUUGUAUUCCAUGGAUCAAAAGUAGCUCUGGAAGAAGAUGGACUUGUUAGAACAAGUGAAGGGCCUUGGAUGGAGAAUAGCCAUCAACUUAAACCUUGUUGGUCAAUUUCUCAACCUGAUGAAGCUGUAUCAUCAAAGGGUUAUGUUACAUUCUCCUUAACCAAUGGUCCUGAGUACCAUAUCUCUCAGAUUACUGAUGCCGUGAUGGUGGCCAAGCAUCUUGGAGCAACGCUUGUGCUCCCUGAUAUAAGAGGAACCAAACCUGGUGAUGAAAUGAACUUUGAAGAUGUAUAUGAUGUGGACAAACUCGUUAAAAGCUUGGAAAGCGUCGUCAAAGUUGUGAAGAAGCUCCCAAGCCACGUUUCUUUAAGAGACAUCGCCAUUGUUAAGGUUCCUAGCCGAGUUGCUGAAGACUACAUCAAGGAGCAUAUUGAUCCCAUCUUCAAAUCAAAAGGCAACAUCAGAGUCACAACCUAUUUCCCUUCCGUGAAUCUGAGGAAAUUAUCUCUGGACGCUGAGACCGACCCGGUUUCUUGUUUGGCAAUGUUUGGUUCCUUGGAGCUGCAACCAGGAGUGAGUGACUUGGUUGAGUCGAUGAUUCAGCGGCUUAAGAAAUCUGAUGGCCGUUUCAUAGCCAUAGACUUGAGAGUUGAGAUACUUGAGAAGAAAAACUGCCGUGAGACAGGUGCAGUGGGAUCCAAAACCUGUUACAACGCACAAGAGAUCGCAUUGUUCUUGAGGAAGCUUGGGUUUGGCAGUGAUACAACUAUAUACUUGACUCAGCCAAGAUGGGAGAGCAGCCUCAACAUUCUUAAGGACAUUUUCCCUAAAACGUUUACUAAGGAGGCUAUAAUGCCGGCAGACAAGAAAUCGAAGUAUCUUGAGUUGGAAAAUUCAGAGUAUGAGAAUGUUAUUGACUUCUACAUAAGUUCAAGAAGUGAUGUGUUUGUGCCGGCCAUUCCUGGUCUGUUUUACGCCAAUACAGUUGGUAAAAGGAUAGCUUUAGGCAAGCCUCAAGUGUUGGUUCCAGCCGAGAUUUCAGGAAGUUCUGGUCUUUCCAGUGAUUACGUAUCUCCGUAUAUCUCAAAGAAGAACCACUUGGCGUAUUCAUGCUUUUGCUGAACUUCUCUGGUGUUAUUUAUGAGGGGAAACGUUUUUGCCAAAAGUGAUCUUGAAGCCAAGAGAAUACAUGAAAGGGUCUUCUCAACAAGUGCAAAAGCCAUCUAGUUACCAGAGGGGUUCCGGUUGUUUAUUGAUGAAGUCUAGGUCGAUACCAAUAUGAAUUUUUAGUCAAGUAUAUUCUCAUUGGGGUUGUCUUGUUUAGGAAAGUAAACUUUUGUAAGUUGCAAUUUGAAUCUAUUGGCUCAUAGCUUUUC